UGGAUGGAUUUAAAUCCAGGGUGUUCAAAUGAUGUCCUUGCUCUACCCCUUCUGACGACAGCUGGAUCAUAACUCCAGGCCACCGGUCUGUUCUCAGAAUAUCUCUUCACCUGCUCACACAGAUGUGCGCGAGAAGCACCGAAAUAUGGCGCUAUCAUUUUCAGCCAAUGGUUGGGCCGUUUGUAAUAGGUUGCAUCAGGCGUCACUGCCACCCGGUGUCGGGGGCGUGCAUUCAAGACGGAAAAAGCGGUAGGGGAGGCAUCGGGAUCGCGCUCAUCUGUUUGGCUGGCAAAUGCCUCCGGUGUCACAGUAUGUGGGACCCGGGACCCCGAGACGGGAUGGACCCUGAUCGACCGACCGAUGCGCACAGCUCAUCGAGGCGGUUUCUACCGGGAUAAGAAUAUAUUGUGUGCCCAAUAACAAACCAGCCAGUCAGUGAGCUUGCAGAGGAGGCGGCGUUCGCUGGGAUUCAAUCAGAACUCGCGGCUCGUAGCUUAACUCGGAGAGAGACGUGAGGAAACUGGGGAGACGACAGUUCACAAUCUAUCCGGAUCCAGCUCGAAAUUGCGUGUAUGAUGGAUGAAAUGUCGACUCCAAAAUGGGCCGGUCAGCCCAACCCUGUCAGAGCAGGGUGGGUUCAUCCGGAGUGACACCAGUCGGCUGUUAUCCGUUGGCUUCUCCUCCGCCGGGUGGCGAUGUCCACUUUCUGCCUCGACCUGCAGACGUCUGCCGUGGUGGUUUCAGCACCACUGGAGCUGGACAGCGACUACAUGGAGCCCCGGUCCAGCGCCGCCGCUCCGGAGCCCGGCGGCUUUCAGGGUCAGCCGCUGCGGCACGCCGGCUCCGGAGGCCUCGGCAUGGCCUUGGAGGAGGAACUAGCCAUGCUUACCGGGGAGCGGGACGAAGAGGAAGCGCUGGCGGGACUAGAGGCGCCCUCGGCGGGGCACAACGCAGACUUGCUGUCGCUCUUCCGCCAAAAGGAAAAAGACUUGGUUUUAGCUGCUAAACUUGGCAAAGCGUUGCUGGAGAGAAACCAAGACUUGACCAAGCAAUACGAGAAAAUGCACAAAGAUCUCAACGAGAAAUUAGAGCACUUGGAGCAGGAGAAGCACGAGUUGCGUCGGCGUCUGGAAAGUCGAGAGGGGGAGUGGGAAGGCCACGUGGCCGAGCUGGAGACGGACGUCCAGCAGCUGCAGGGUGAGCUGGAGCUCCAUCAGGUGCAGCUGAGGGAGACGGACAGACACAAGAACAAGGCGAUCAGCGAGCUUUCCGAACAGAACCACAGAUUGCUGGAGCAACUCAGUCGGGCUGCAGAGGUGGAGAGGCAGCUGUCCACUCAGGUCCAUUCACUACGGGACGACUUCAGGGAGAAGAGUAUGUCGACAAGCCAGCACAUGACUCGACUAGAGAAUCUACAGGCUGAGCAAGGGCUAGAAAUUAAGAUGCUGUCAGAGCGGAAGAUGGAGCUGGAGCGCCGGGUACACGUCACGCUGGAGGACAACGAGCUGCUGCAGAACACAGUGGACGACCUCCGAGAGAGGACGCUGGUGCUGGAGAGGCAGUCUCGCCAAAAGGACCUACAGUUACGACAGAGCCAGCUGGAGCUCCAGGAGGUGCAGGUGUCCCACAGGCAGCUGAGUGCUCGGCUGGAGGAGUUGACGGAGGAGCACAGCCUCCGCGGUCUCACCCCGCACCCGUCCAGCCUGCUGUGUGAGAUAGAACAGAGCAUGGAGCAGGAGGAGCAGGAGCAGGAGAGAGAGCAGCUGCGUCUCGAGCUAUGGGAGGCCUACUGUGAAGUCCGCUCGCUGUGCUCUCAUCUCCGGGGAAACGACGUCACGGAUUCGGCGCUGUCCACCGACUCCUCAAUGGACGAGUCCUCGGAGACGUCCUCAGCCAAGGAUGUGCCUACCGGGAGCCUCCACGCCAGCCUGCUGGACCUACGGAGGCUCACGCAGAAUUUGCUGGACGGCAACGAGUCCACGGGCUCGCGGCGCAGUGAUGAGGAGGCUCUGGAGGAGCAGGUGAGGAAGCUAGGAGAGGAGCUGAGAGAAGUCAGAGAGCUGUACGAGACUGAGCAGGACAAAACACGCAGCAACGGAGACGAUGCGCUGCAGCUGCACAAUCAGAUGGCGCUGCUCUCCGUAGAGAUGAGUUCUCUCCGGGAGGAUAACGAGCGGAUGAGGACGAUGGCUGAAGUCCGAGAGCCCAGUGAGCAGCUCCAGACUGCUAUCAGAGACAGAGAUGACGCCAUAGCCAAGAAGAAAGCGGUGGAGAUGGAGCUGGCCAAGUGUAAAAUAGACAUCAUGUCUCUGAAUAGCCAGCUUCUGGACGCCAUCCAGCAGAAGCUGAACCUGUCGCAGCAGCUGGAGGCUUGGCAGGAUGAUAUGCACAGAGUGAUUGACCAGCAGCUGAUGGACAAGUACCAAGACGAGUGGCGCUCGGCCCCUCCCUCCCUGACGGGGUCAUCCAGGGCACACGGCGGUCAGUCCUCCAGACGAGCUCACCGCGUCUCCGACCGGGACAAGAGACUUUUCUCUUUUUUCAAAAAGAACUGAGCCCCAUUGGACCGGUCCUGAGCACAGCAGACAAGAGACAGACAAGGAGGAAGUGACAUCACAGUGUAAGGGUAACAACACAGCCAAAGACCGGCAGUGGCACACACUGACGGUUGGGGAGGAGGAGGAGGAGGAGGGGGGGGGGGAAUAAUUAUUGCACUUUAACUGUCCCAUUACUCUUCUCUUCGCUGAUUAAAUGGUGACUGCUGACUAAGAAAGAUAGAAAUAUAAGAAUAGGAGUUCCCUUUGGUUUCAGCCCCUCUCAUAGAAAGCCAUCGGUCUUACAGAACAAGAACAUGGUCACAAAGUUUACCUCCAAAGAGGAAGGUCUCCUUUUAGUGCCUAUACGCCCAUCUCUACUAGCCCACUGCCAACUCUGUAGAGAGGGAACACUUUGUAUCAAUCGUUACUGUAUGCAUCCCAGUCAUCAGGCCAGGGAGUCUGGGGGGAGACUGGUGGAUGUACGGGACACUGCAGGGCUGUGGGGGAAGAUGAGGACAGCAGGGCCGCGCUGUACGUCGGAAUAUGACGCCGCAGCCAGCCCACAUGUGAUCUCUCAGGUUUAUUCAUUUGAUGAUGGGAUGUUCACAACAUGAGGCAACCGCCCGAUGCAUCAGGACCGUAGUGUGAUGUACAUGUGACGGAACAAAUGACUAAAAGAACGCUUAUUUUCUUACUGACAGCUGUGCAUGUGACUUUCACAGUGAGGAUUUGAAUGCUCCUUUAAAAGGGGCAUUCAAAUGAUUUAGCAUUGCACUUUCAUAAAGUUUGGACCUUUUAAAGCUGCACUAAUCAAAGUUUUUUUAAUGUAGUGUGAAAUGUGAAAGGGUUCACUCAUAGUCAAACCCACAGAGAUUUAUCACCAUCAGCUCCGCGAGUGUUUUAGCAUUUUUUUAGUUCAUCGUUUAGUUUUUUUAUGGGCCGCUUCGUUGCUGUUUUGGUUCAACCCUUUUUGUAGCAGUAGGCAGCGGUUUCCUGCAAACAUAGCGGAGCAUUUCGUAGCUAAAGAGGCUGAGCGAGUGUUUCAAAACCAGCGCUUUGUAGUCGGGCCCGUGGGUCCGCGGUGAACUCUGAGGCCUUCAUGCUCAUCUCCAACAUCUGAAUAAACCUUUGGGUGACUGAAGUUAGCGAUAUCGACAUUUCCAGGUCUCCACCGUUCACUUUAUAUGCGACAUUUAAAAUAUUUAUAAUUUUUCAAAGAAAAAAAAGAAAGAGAAAAAAAAGGCGCCGUCCAACAUUGUCCUCAUGAUGUCGAUCAUCUCCCUAAUUGACCAAAUAAAAUGUUUUUAAAAAAAUGUUUACAUCAGCGUGAGAAGGAGGAAGAACUAUGUUCAUUAACUCUCAAUAAACCCAGCUCAACAAUAACCUGUUGAAUGUCUGACAAGAAGAAGUUAUGUCACUAAAGCGUUCAAGGUCUGAGCUGCUUUGGUUCAACACUCAUAGAAAAAGGUCUACCUCCAUUCUCAUUGCUUCAAGACUUCACGGGAACUUUGAUUUUCUUAUCUGUCGGGCUUCCGUUUUUGGGCGCCAUCUCUGUGACUCCAUUAGUAAAACAGUAUUUGUCGACCUGAAAUCUCCAAGCAUGAACGACUCGUCGUGGCACGGCGACGUCUCGUGUCUGUGUCGAAUGCAGCUGUGCAAACCUAUGCAGGUGUCUUCUUGUCAUCUCAGCUGGUUGUUGGGAAGGAUCAACCCAAAGAAUGAUUUUUUUUAUACAAAAAAAAGUUGAGAGCGAAAUUGUUAUAUUUAUAUAUGAAAAAAAAAGCAUAACUUUUUGAAUGAAAAUCUUUUUUUAGGGCAAAUAUACAUGUGUGUUGUUAUUUCUAGGCUGAUAUUUUCAUGUGUGUCCUAGUGAACAGGAAUUCCACUGAUGAGUUGGACUUUAUCACGGUUCGGGUGUGGCAUGUAGAGCUGAGAAGAGAUUGAUAAGUUUCACUCAAAUUAUUCACCAAUUUGAUGUGUAGCUAACGGGAAAGACCCCAAAGAAGCCUCAUGAAUCUUGAUUAUUAAUCCAAGACUGAAAUUAGUAACAACAAAUACUAAUAAAAACAAUUCUUAGAAAGAAAAAGAAAAUCAUGAAACUUUUUUUUUGUCAUGAACACAUGUGAGAAAACUAUUAAAAUCUGAUUUAGAAAACUGACCACCAGAAUUGUUUUUCUCACUUGCGUCACAUGGCUUCCAUACUCUAUUCAUAUUAAAGAAAAUCUAUUUUUGAUAAAUGAUAAGUAACACAAAGAAUUAUCCGAGUCAAACAGAAAUGUAUUCUGAUUAUUUUUCCCGAGAACCAACACAAACUGUCACCUUAAAACUAUCCAACAGAUUAUUUAAAACCACACAAUCCAAUCCAAGCAGUAAUAAACUGAGACUAACACGAUUCUGAAAUCACACAAACCAGAAGAAAGUGUUCAGUUUCUACCCAAUUAUUUGAAGUUGUUGAGGGAAAUUUUGAUUGAACACCAGUCACUCUUGCCAUAACCAGACUGUGAUUUGUCUCGCUUCAUGUAUGUUUUUGUUAGAAAAAGAAUAAGUUGUAACAUAUUUGGUUCUGUCCACAUUGUGUCAUGACUACCAGUUGUUUCUCGUUUGAUUGUUUGUAUUGUUUUAAGACACUGUCGACUCCACUGAUCCACACAGACCUGUAUGUGUGUGUGUGAGUGUGUGUGUGUGCGUGUGUGUGUGACGGACAUGCCAUCUAGUGCGUUUUUUCUGUUGCUCGUCUCCACUUGGGUCGGACGUUGUUUUGGGAAUGUCGUGCUCGUUGUGCUCCGUGUGAGUGCUUCCAUUCACCAUGACUGACGGCACUGUUUUUAGUUUCUGAAUGCUUCAAACUAUUCAAAGUAUUUAUCAUGCCAUUUUUUUUAGCAUUUUGGGGAUUUCUUUUGUACAAAUAAAUACUUUGCAAUCU